AUGCAAAGCGCGAGCAGGACAAGAAGCGCUUGACAGCGUCUUUUACUUCCUCCUGCUUUUGUUGCAUAAGGAUUGUGCAUUUGAUGGCAUAUGCCCUGAAAUCGUGUCUUAAUUUAAUGCGUGCGCGUAUCUUUCCAAAGAGAGAGACGGAGCCGAGUAAGGGAUGCUGCACACGGAGGAUUCGUUAUUUGACAGGCUCUGACGUUUAAAUUGAACCAUUUGUACCGUGCACAUCUCAUGCAUUUUGACUCUGCUUUUGAUGGCCAACGCACGGCGUGAUUAAAUGUAUGCUUUUUUUCUUCCGGCGAAGGCAGCUUAAGCAUCAUCUCCGUAGGCUGGUCAGACACAUUUAUAAGCGUUUAUAAUGGGGGUCAACAAAAGAACCCGAGGCGUUGGGCUUUGAUCGCAAACCCCAUCAACCUCAAAUCUGUUGUCGUUACUUAUACUUUAUAUAGACAUACAUCAUCAUAUAGCACGUACUCCUUGAUCAGCUGUCAGGCUUCCAAAACUGCGGAGCACGGUUUGUGUGUAUGUGUGUGUGGUGCUGAACGGACAGCUCCCAUCACCACAGCGGGGUCAUACCCCACCUCUAGAUGGAUCAAUAUUAGGGGUAUGACAGUGUCGCUCUCUGGCUUUAAUGGCUGUGGCACGCAAGAUCAAAACUCUGCUGACGGUCAACAUUCUGGUGUUCGUCGGAAUCAUUUUGUUCUCGGUCUACUGCAGGAUCCAGGACCGAUCCGAGGAGCUCGUCCAAAUCGGGAGGCUGUCGGACCAGAGGCUGCGAGGAAGGAAUGCAAAAGUUACAAACUCCGUGGACAGACAGUCCAUUCUCAAAAGGCUUGAGCGACUGGAAGAUGUGGUUUAUAAUCAGUUAAAUGGUCUUGCCAAGCCCAUGGGUCUGGUCGAGGGACCUGGAGGUCUUGGACAGGGCGGAGCAGCGGCCACACUGGGGGAGGACAGCCGAGAGAGUGAAGGGAGAUAUGAGGAGUAUGGCUACAAUGCCCAACUCAGUGAUCGCAUCUCCCUGGACAGGAAUAUUCCAGACUACAGGCCGAAAAAGUGCAAGCAGAUGACCUACAAAGAAGACCUCCCUCAGAUCUCUGUGGUCUUCAUCUUUGUGAAUGAAGCUCUCUCUGUUAUCCUGCGGUCUGUACACAGUGUGGUCAACCAUACCCCAGCACACCUGCUUAAAGAAAUCAUACUGGUUGAUGACAACAGUGACAGUGUGGAGCUGAAGUUCAAUCUGGAUCAUUAUGUGAAUAAGCGAUAUCCCGGCCUGGUCAAGAUUGUGAGGAACAGUAAACGAGAGGGACUCAUUCGGGCCAGGAUUCACGGCUGGAACGCUGCCACUGCUCCUGUUGUGGGCUUCUUCGACGCCCACGUGGAGUUCAACAUAGGCUGGGCUGAACCUAUCCUCACCAGAGUGAAAGAAGAUCACACAAGGAUAAUCCUUCCUGCGAUAGAUAAUAUCAAAUACAACACCUUUGAGGUGCAGCAAUACGCUAAUGCAGCUCACGGCUACAACUGGGGCCUCUGGUGCAUGUACAUCAUCCCUCCACAGGAUUGGAUGGACAAAGGAGAUGAGACUGCCCCCAUCAGAACACCUGCAAUGAUUGGUUGUUCCUUUGUGGUGGAUCGUGAGUAUUUUGGAGAAAUUGGACUUCUUGACCCGGGCAUGGAGGUUUACGGAGGAGAGAACAUUGAACUUGGUAUGAGGGUGUGGCAAUGUGGCGGCAGUAUGGAGGUUCUUCCAUGUGCUAGAGUUGCACACAUUGAACGCACAAAGAAACCAUACAACAAUGACAUCGACUACUACGCCAAGCGUAACGCACUGCGGGCAGCAGAGGUCUGGAUGGAUGAGUUUAAAUCUCAUGUCUACAUGGCCUGGAAUAUCCCCAUGAAUAACCCAGGAGUCGAUUUUGGAGAUGUGUCAGAGCGUGUAGCGCUGAGGAAGAAAAUGAACUGCAGGAGCUUUCACUGGUACCUUGAGCAUGUUUAUCCUGAGAUGAGAGUCUACAAUAACACCAUCACCUAUGGAGAGGUGCGAAACAGUAAAGCCAGUGGUUACUGUCUUGACCAGGGCUCAGAGGAAGAUGACAGGGCGAUACUCUAUCCAUGCCAUGGCAUGUCAUCACAGCUGGCUAGGUACACUACCGAAGGCUUACUCCAGUUAGGACCCCUGGGAUCGACCACUUUUCUACCCGACACAAAAUGCCUGGUGGAUGAUGGGAAGGGAAGAACACCAAGUUUAAAAAAGUGUAACAUUGUUUCCAGGUCCUCACAGAGACUUUGGGAUUUUACUCAGAAUGGCCCCAUUAUAGGUCGAGACACAGGGCGCUGUUUGGAGGUUGAAAUGUCCAAAGAUGCCAACUUUGGCCUGCGGCUGGUCGUCCAGCGGUGCUCAGGACAGAAAUGGAUGAUUCGGAACUGGAUAAAACACCCUAAACACUGAGGAACUUCUGACCAGAAAAACAAACUUCCUGCAUUGGAGAGCAGCCAUAGACACAAACCCUGAGUCUGGGGUUUAGAAAAGAGACUGAGCCGAAGAUCUCACAUUAGGGAUGUAAACGGCUCCAGUAGCCUCUUUCAGGGUAAAACAGUUUCAAUAGAUAUGUCUAGAGGUGAAAUUCUAUCUUUAGACAGCUUUACUAAUGAGCAAAGGGGAUACAACAGAAGGCCAUCUUUACAGGAGAAAUAUUUGCUCUCAGAAAUAUUUACCGUAAGUACUAAACACGUCCAAUGUACAGACUCCCGGAAUACCACAGCUUUCUUGUGUUAGUGAGGAGAAUUUUGAUAAUCUCUCUUAUUGAAUCACAGACAGUAAUAUUCAAAAGGUGUGUGGAUAAACAAAGAGAGAGAAAUCUACAUUGUCACAGUCUUCUGAGCAAAGUUUUAUUUCUUAUCAAAGGCCAUAUCAACACUUUUUUUCUUCAGGCUGAGAAUUGCUUUGGAUAAUUUAAUAUCAUGUUAAAACUUCAAAUGUAUAUCCCAAGUGCUACAAAACAAGAAAGUAGGAUAGAUAUAAAAUUUAAACAGCUAGAUCCAGCUCAUUCUGUAUUUUUAUUCCUUGAUUGUUCCUUGAUUUACAGACUUAAUUGCUAAUGAUCAGCAAAACCAUGUGUUCACAGAAGAACUCAUGUGCCUUUAUCCAUCCUAAUGCAAUCAGACCAGGGGAUGUUCAUCCCUAAGCAUGUACAAAAUAUUUGAUUUUAAAUUAAUUGAAAUAUGAAUAUACUGUAAUGUUAAGAGGUCUUAUUAUGGAAACAUGUUGUAAAACCCGAUA